UUGUACUUAUGUUAGAUGUAUUUGGGUAGUAGAAUACAUAUAAGAUAAUCAUUACAGAGGAUCGUUUGUCAUGUUUCCUGGCGGGUUUGAACGUACUGGAACAUCAAAGAAGUGACAAAAAAAAAGUAACAUGAAAGCAACUUUUGGUUAAGUUUCUGUCUUGCAAAAUUUGUAAUAACCGUUGUGUUGUAACGUGUGUAGUUUAAAAAUAAAGUAUAAAUUAUGUAUUGUCCAAGUAUCAGUACCUAUAAAUGCUUUAUGUUACGUAUAGGUUAAGAUGUAAAGUUAUUUUGAUAAUUUGAGAGAUUAAGAAAUUGAGACAGCAAGCUUAAACUUUAAUGCAAAAUGGCAGGUAGUAGCGAACUUUGGAUACAAUGUUUUAAGUGUUGUUUGCAACAACAAGAACCACGUUCACGAAGUGGGAAACACAAGUCUCAUCAGAGGCUCAGGAUAGAUCGGAGCAUGAUUGGAGAGCCUACAAAUUUUCGACAUACAGGUCAUAUCAGUAGCGAUGACUUCAAUAUGACUGGAGAUUGCUUAUCUACUAUUCAAGAAAGAAUGCAACAUAAAGGUGGUUAUGACACUUCCUUUAGCGUUAAGGCAUAUUGAUACGCAUUAAAAAAAGUAUUUGAACUGCCAGAGUAUUAUUGGAAGAAAUGAAUCGACUGACGUUUUUUUAUUAACGAUGUAUUCGCUUCCUGACUUAAUAGUAAUACAAUGCACUAUGCGCAAUUAUGUAUUUUAUAAAUCUUUUUUUGUUGUUGUUUAUACAAUUAAUGUCAAUAGAGAGUAUACUCUUAGAUCUUCAUUACUUUUUUUAUAAAGACAAGAUCUCAGAAAAAAUUAACGAUUAUUCUUAUAUGAUUGCCAAAAAUUGAUUAAAAGAGUGUCAUCUGAUUUAUUACAUGGACUUGUAAGAUUACGAAUGUAUUUAUAUAUAUUAAUGAAUUCUUCUAUGUUGAUUUAUACUUUGAAUAUUUUUAUCUUUAAGUGUAACCUUAUAAAUAUAAUAAAUGAUUGUAUAUAAAAGAAACAAAAACAACAAAUAAUAAAA